AGCUAAGCCAAACAAAAGUGCUGUCCCCGCAUUUUCAGAUUAUCCACUGGUCGCCUACCGAACCUUCCACAUUUCGCUUGAACGGCCUUUCCGCUCCCUAUAUGUUCGCUACUUCAGCUCUCACAGCUUGAAUAGAAACUGCCUAGCUUCUGUUCGCCUUCAUUCCUCAGCCUUAAUCAAAAUCCUAGCGUUUCCUUCAUUUUCCUCACUUUUUAGAGCUUAUCAGAAGUGUUGAUUCUUUUCGGAAAUUCUAAGCAAGCAAGCACGAUGUGGGCCCAGCCGUACCGAAAGAGUGACUUGGAGGCCGGCGGUAGUCCUCUCUAUCCGAUGAUGCUGGAGAGCCCCCAGCUCCGGUGGGCCUUCAUAAGGAAGGUCUAUUCAAUUCUAUCUAUCCAGUUGCUGGCGACUAUUGUGGUAGCGUCCAUUGUGGUCUUUGUCCAUCCGGUUGCAAAUUUCUUCGUUAGUUCCGGGGCUGGACUGGCUCUCUAUAUUGUCCUCAUUGUUUUGCCCUUUAUUGUUUUAUGUCCCUUGUACUAUUACCACCAGAAGCAUCCGGUGAAUUUCCUUCUCCUUGGGAUUUUUACCGUUUCUCUUUCUUUCGUUGUUGGAUUAACUUGUGCGUUCACCAGCGGGAAGGUUAUUCUGGAAUCAGUUAUUUUGACAACUGUAGUGGUUCUUAGUCUUACUCUCUACACAUUCUGGGCAGCAAGGAGGGGCCAUGAUUUCAACUUUCUUGGUCCCUUUCUGUUUGGUGCUAUCCUUGUUCUUAUGGUGUUUGCUUUGAUCCAGAUUCUCUUUCCAUUGGGCAAAAUCUCUGUCAUGAUUUAUGGGUGUCUGGCUGCAAUCAUAUUCUGUGGGUACAUUAUAUAUGACACCGACAACUUAAUCAAGCGUCACUCGUAUGACGAAUACAUAUGGGCGGCAGUGUCUCUCUAUCUGGAUGUCAUUAAUCUCUUCCUCGCGUUGCUCACCGUCUUCAGGGCUGCUGAAAACUAAGAUAAUUGUACAAGUUUUGUACGUCCUGUUAAUGGAUCAGAAGAGAUUGUUAUCAAUAUGUAAAUGCGACCAAGUUGUUAAUUGUCUUUCCGUCUGCAGUCCUACCUUGUAAAGGUUCAAGGGGGAAAUGCCAAUAUUCCGAGAAAUUCUGUUAAUACUGAUAAGCAGUUGAUUAAGAGAUUUUAGUAUCUUACCA